GGCGGAAAAUUGCUGCUUGAAAGCUUGGAGCUUGACACCCAGCAGAGAUGACACCCAGCUGGAGAGAAACUAGCUACAUCAUUUCUGCCUGCAGGGAUGCCAGAAGGGCCUUCUGUGAGGAAGUUUCACCAUUUGGUCUCCCCCUUUGUGGGGCAGCAGGUGGUCAAGACAGGGGGCAGUAGUAAGAAGCUAAACCCUGCCAGCUUCCAGUCCCUGUGGCUCCAGGACACCCAGGUCCAUGGAAAGAAAUUAUUCCUUAGAUUUGAUCCAGAUGAAGAAACCAGGUCUCCUGGCAACAACCCACUGCCAGAACCUCUACGAAAAGGAGAGAGCAAGGAAGAGGCUGGAGACCAAAAGCAGACCUUGGGUCCUGACAGCCAGAACAUCUCAGAGCAGUACUCCCAGCCCCUGGAGCGUGUCCACAGUGGAGACAUUGGUUCUGAGUAUUUGAGGGGAGACGACCCUGCAGGAGGUGCUGAGAGGUGGCUGCAGGUCAGCUUUGGUUUGUUUGGCAGCAUUUGGGUGAAUGAAUUCUCCAGAGCAAAGAAAGCAAACAAGAGGGGCGACUGGAGGGACCCCAUUCCAAGGUUGGUCCUGCAUUUUGGUGGUGGCGGCUUCCUGGCAUUUUAUAAUUGUCAGAUGUCUUGGAGCUCUUCCCCAGUGGUCAAACCCACCUCUGACAUCUUGUCUGAAAAGUUCCAUCGAGGACAAGCCUUGGAAGCUCUGGGCCAGGAGCAGCCUGUCUGCUAUACACUGUUGGACCAAAGAUACUUUUCAGGCUUAGGGAACAUCAUUAAGAAUGAAGCCUUGUACAGAGCUGGGAUCCAUCCCCUUUCUCUUGGUUCACUCCUCAGUCCUCAGCAACUGGAGAUCCUCGUGGAUCACGUGGUGGAGUUCAGUACAGACUGGCUUCAGGGCAAGUUCCAGGGCAGACAGAAUCACACACAGAUCUACCAGAAAGAGCAGUGCCCUGCUGGGCACCAGGUCAUGAAGGAGGCCUUUGGGCCUCCAGGUGGCUUCCAGAGGCUCACCUGGUGGUGCCCACAGUGCCAACCCAGGCUGCCACCCGACGAACCAGAGCAAGUCCAGCCUUCCUGAGGCCCUGUCUUCACAGAACCUUGUCCUUCAAGGGAGCGUGAUGCCUGAGAGUCAAGAAGGGGUGUGGGCAGGGACUGGGACUAGAGGCAGGAAUUAGAGAGGAGGGUGGGUCAGGAGGAUAUCAGUCGUGUUGUUAUUCAUCUCACUGAAGUAUGUCUAAGGCAGAGUUUUCACAGGGUUAGAUUAUUUUUUUUCAAGUAUUGGUUAAUUCUUCCUAUCCAACUCUGACAUUAUGAAAGGUGAGAAAAGUUAUGAUGACGGUUAAAGGAAAAGCCUCCUGGAAUGACAGUGGGAUAAUGAAAAUAUAAGUCUAUGGAAAAUAGCUGUGCCCCAGCAUUGCUCUGUUUGGUUUUGUUUGGUUUUUGAAACUUCGGUUGGUUUUAACGCCCUCCAUUUGAGAAACAGGAACAGGAACUGUCUGUCUUCGUUCCCCUGGAGGGAUCCGGGGAUGAGGAAGGAGUAGCAUGAGGCCUGUGCUCAGAUUCAGCCUCCUGCCUGGGUCCUUUCUGAGGGAUGGAAACACAAGGAGAAGGGGCAGGGGGAGGUGGGGGACCAGGGAGCUGGCCACCUUUCUGGUGUCCCCAAUGGGCUGUAGAAAAAAGCUACUUGUUUUCUCCUAAGGUGAUAUAUUUGUGACCGUUGUUGUGUGGAACCAGUAGGUAUCAAGAACUGUGGAGACACUAUGUAAAGGUGUUAGCAACAGCUGGAAGAAACUAGGAUAUGAAAAUAAAGCUCUCUGAUAUUUUUUGUCAUCUUUA